AAGGGGAAAAGUGGAUUUGUUCAUGGAUCAGAUGUUUUUAUACAUACUUACAUACAUUUGAAUUGUACGAUAAAUACAUUUGUUCUCCAUGUUUGUGCUUAAUAAAAAUACACAAUAGAUCAUUACACUGCAUUAACAACGAUACGAGAUCAUGUGCCUCCUACAAGUGGAGAAGGAUGAGUCAGGCAAAUAGCAAUAAGUUAUUAUUGACUUUUAGCUACGUUAAAGUAAAACAAAGGUUUACUCUAGUAGCAGUUUGACCAUACAUAAUCCAGAGUCCAGCAGUGGCUUAAUGUGGUUCAGCUAAAAGUCACGUAGUUCCGUAGAACAAGUUUUCUUUCCUUUGUUCCUUCCAAUAUAAAUAUUUCAAAUAAAAGGAUGGACGAACCAUUCGACAUACCUCGGACUCAAAACGGACAUCCGGUCGAUUUACGACAACCUACAAGAACGCCUACCAACCAUCGAGAUUCGUUAACGUCUUCCUCGUCUUCUUCUGAAGAUGACGAUUCCAUUUUUCAAAAUGGAAUCCGUCCCGUCAACGUUCCAUCUUCUUCAGAAGAACAGCCACCAACCGCUUCCAAUAUUUUUAAAAAUAUUACGAUCGAACCUCUCAUGUUUUUACACAUGGUGGGAAUCGCAGGGUCUUCUGUCGUCGUGCAAAACAUGUAUUUGGAACGUGUCUGUCGAGUGACGCUGGGAUAUAAUAAGGACAUUUGUGAGAACUUGACAGAUCCAAAAUAUAGUAAUUAUGAAACGGAGGUUGAACACCAUGUAACGAUCUUCACGACGUAUCGAGGUCUAAUUGAAGCAGGGUUUCCGAUCCUAUUCUCCCUGUUUUUGGGACCUUGGACUGACGUGCAUGGAGCUAAAUAUCCCAUCCUCCUCCCACUUUUGGGGUAUUUACUGUCGGCAUUGACUUAUCUCAUUAUGACGUAUGCUCCGGACCUUCAACCCGAAUACAUUUUAUUUGCUUCUAUUCCUGUCGCACUUACUGGGGGAAUGGUAGCCAUGAUUAUGUCUGUGUUCUCGUAUAUGAGUAAAAUUACAACGGUCGAAAAUCGCAGUUUUCGCGUCGCGAUGUUGGAAGGCUCAUGGUUCUUGGGAGGACCUGUCGGAUUAAUUGCUGGAGGCUACAUUUACAAAUAUGGAGAUUUUAACAACGUUUUCAUUACAUGUGCACUUCUUUACGCCAUUGCAUUCAUCUAUGGGGUAAUUGCAAUUCAAGAAGAAUCGAAUCAUCGACCAGAGGAUGAGAUUCGCCACUGUUGUUCGGAUAUGUUUAAUGUUGCAGCUGUAAAAGAUAUUUUUGCAACAAUUGCUAUCGAACGACCUGGAAAAUGCAGACGAUGGAUGCAUAUCAUGUUGAUAACAAUUUGUCUCCGAAUUUUUAUAAUGAUGGGCUAUCUCAACACGAUGUAUCUCUACACGAGGCAUCAAUUUGGCUGGAAUCUAGCAAAUUAUACCCAGUACAGUGUAGCCGAUUCUUUCAUAGCUAUUACCGGGACCUUUAUCAUGGUGAUGAUAACUAUGCGAAUAUUUAAGCUGAAUGACUCCAUCAUAGGCAUCAUUGGUACAGUAGGAAGUGUUUUAGGGACACUAAUUUUUGCCUUUGCUUCCGCUGGGUGGAUGAUUUAUCUUGGAGCUGUAAUGUCGAUGUUUGCCGGAUUAAUAUCAAUUGUGAUCAGAGCCAUGUUAUCAAAAAUUGUGGCAAAAGAGGAGAUUGCAAAAGUAUUUACAUUUCUUGCUUGUGGGGAAGCGUCGAUGCCUUUAAUCGCGGUCCCAUUGUACAACCUCGUGUAUAACAGUACACUCAACACAUUUCCUGGCUCAGUAUUUCUUAUUUCCACAUCUUUUUACAUCAUCAUCCUUAUCGCAUUUGUCUAUCUCUACAUAUCCAUGCGAUAUUACGCUCCUCACGAGGAUAUGAGGAAUGAAAAUGAGGCUGAAGCUUAACGACCAUUUAGUAAAUGACUACUUUUAAUACUGACGUGUGAUAUUUUUUGUCUUGUAAUCUUAACGCGGUCCUACUCAUCUUUAAUAUUGUGUAGAUACCAUUUUUCCAAACUAUUUCAAUGCAAACCACGUUGUUUUUAACUCGUUUAAAUAAUUUAACUUUGUAAAUGCAUCUUGAAAGUUUUACUACGUAUGCAUAGAAUGAAAUAUUUUACUAUUGUGAAGUUCGUAAAUUAUAAAAUAAAACUUUAUUGCAAAUUUA